CACCACCAAUUCAAUCCUCAUUCGCUAAGUUAAUAGUAGUCGUAGCUCCCCGACUUCACCACUUCAUGGCCACUACUCCUAUCACCCAAUCAUUCCAAUUCCCACUUUUCAUUUCCAUUCCCAUUCACGCCACCCUCUAUUUUUUUCUCUCCCAUUUCCGGAACAUCAACAUGAAUAUCCAUUUUAAAUCAUCACCGCCUGAAAUAAUCAAAUAAAUAAAUAAAUAAAAACCCACUCAUACACGCUAAAUUAAAAUAAAUAAACAAAAAGAAUAAGAAAAUCCCCAUUGUAUUUCCAUCCAAUUAUUGGACCUCACGCAGAAACACACUUCAAUUUUUUCUGUUAAUUCUUUUUUCAAUUUUGGAGGUGAUAGCGGUGGAGGUGGCGGUGAAAAAACAGAAAAUUUGAGGGAUGAAGAGAGGAGGAGGAGGAGGAGGAGGGAGAGGAGGUAAAUUCGAAACGGUUGUAUCGUUGAGUAGGCAACGAACCAUUCAGGCUCUGGUAUUUGUAUCGUUAUUAUACCUCUUGAUUUUCAUCUUCGAAAUCCCCUUCUUCUUCUUCACAAAAACAACUACUAACCGCUCCACCAAUGAACUCGCCACCCGCUCUAACAAACUCGAUGAUUCCCCCACUCUCUUGUCCCAGCGCGUGUCACUCACCAGCCUUCAACCAGAAGGAGAACGACAAACCUACGCCUUCGUUUCGAGAAUCUUCGACGAUGAAGCCGUGUUGGACCACUCCGACGGACCGAUCCACGAAACCGCAAGGCAUGCGCGCCAAGAAGGGAAGAAGGUAUGGGAGGAGCUUGAAUCCGGAAUCGAGCAAGGAAUCUCAACCGAGGAUACGGAAAAUCUGAUCGGGUCGUGCCCGCAGUCCGUUUAUUUGACCGGGGCGGAGUUCGAGGCCCGAGGGAAGGUAGUGGAGAUCCCGUGUGGGCUCACCUUGGGUUCGCACGUGACCGUGGUAGGGAAGCCACGGAAGGCGCACGUGACAGGUUCUUCGAAUGGGGAGGCGUGGUACGAGGAGGGAGAAGGAGGAGGAGGGAGGGUGGUUUCGCAUUUCGUGAUGGAGCUGCAGGGGCUGAGGACGGUUGACGGUGAGGAACCGCCGCGGAUACUACAUUUUAAUCCGCGGUUGAAAGGGGAUUGGAGCGGGAAACCGGUGAUCGAGCUCAACACGUGUUACAGGAUGCAGUGGGGCACCUCCUUGCGCUGUGACGGUUGGAAAUCUAGGGCUGAUGAAGAAACCGUUGAUGGGCUGGUAAAGUGUGAAAAGUGGAGAAAGGAUGAUAGCACAGAUGAAGAGCAAUCCAAGGCAGCCUGGUGGAUGAAAAGGAUGGCUGGCCGGAAAUCAGUAACAGCUGACUGGCCAUUCCCAUUUGCAGAGGACAGCCUAUUUGUUCUUACUCUUAGUGCCGGAUUCGAGGGCUAUCAUGUUAAUGUUGAUGGUAGACAUGUUGCUUCUUUUCCUUAUCGCACUGGCUUUGCGCUUGAAGAUGCCACAGGACUUACUUUGACGGGGGAUGUUGAUGUUCAGUCUAUAGUUGCCGCUUCUCUGCCUUCAUCACAUCCUAGUUUUUCACCAGAGCAAUAUCUUGAAAUGUCACCAACAUGGAUUUCCCCGACACUUCGUGACUCUAAUGUAGAGAUGCUUAUUGGCAUUCUCUCUGCUGGAAACCAUUUUGCCGAGCGUAUGGCUGCCAGGAAGACGUGGAUGCAGCAUAGUCUUAUCAAAUCUUCACAAUUGGUGGCUCGUUUCUUUGUAGCACUGCACAAAAGGAAAGAAGUUAAUGUACAAUUGAAGAAGGAGGCAGAGUAUUUUGGUGAUAUAAUUAUAGUGCCUUACAUGGAUAACUACGAACUUGUUGUGUUGAAAACUGUUGCGAUAUGUGAAUAUGGAGUUCACAAGGUGUCUGCUAAACAUAUCAUGAAAGGUGACGAUGACACGUUCAUAAAUCUGGAUGCCUUUUUAGACAAAGCAAGACAGGUUCCAGAUUAUAUAAGCUUUUAUUUUGGGAACAUGAAUUACCACCACAAGCCUUUGCGGCAUGGUAAAUGGGCUGUGACAUAUGAGGAGUGGCCAGAAGAGGAUUAUCCUCCAUAUGCUAAUGGACCGGGUUAUAUUUUGUCUUCUGAUAUAGCAGAGUACAUUGUAUCUGAAUUUGAGAUGCAUAGAUUAAGAUUAUUUAAGAUGGAAGAUGUGAGUAUGGGAAUGUGGGUAGGGCAAUUUAACAGCACAAAACCGGUGCGCUAUCUGCAUAGCUUGAAGUUCUGCCAAUAUGGCUGCAUAGAAGGAUAUUUCACAGCACAUUACCAAUCCCCUAGGCAGAUGUUGUGCUUGUGGGAAAAAUUGGAGAACCAAACAUGGCCUCAGUGCUGCAACAUGAGAUAACAGAUAGAAUUCAAUGGAAGGUACAGAGAACAAGUUUUGCACUCAUAGCUUAGCUUCGAAAUAUUAUAUGUUGUAAAUGUAAAGUGGAGCUUGGAUAGUUUAACAUAGCCCUGUAUAAAUGUCCUUUUUGAAUACCAUUUUUUAUUUUAUUUAUUUUUUAUUUUUGGGUAAUGGAAUUCUAGUUUUGCUUGUUACUUGCUCCUGGAAUAGGAAGAUGAAACAGGAGGUAGGCUUCUGUAAAUUAAUCUGUGUAUUUUACUAUCGUUGAUAGAUCUAUUUUAUAAAUCAAUCUCAAUUUUUAGACGUCAUUUUCUAUUUUAAU